CUUCACCGACUUCGUGGUGUUUCUUCUUUUCCCUCGACUUGUUCGCUGCCCAAUUCGCCCAGUUCUCAUGCUGCCCUCGAUUUGAGAUCAGAUCAUACCAAUUGAUGGCACUGAAACAAUCGUCUCUUCCGACGUUCCCAAUCUCCUCGCCAAACAGGUCUGGCCAGAGAAACCCGGAGUAUAACAGCUGUUCAAGCUAUACCGCAUCGAUCAGAUGUAGAAAAGAUGAGCAUACACCGAAUCUCGCUAUCCCAACAGUAUCGGGCAGCAUGUCUGGACCACGGAUCCCCGCGCAACUAGGGCAUCUACCAACAGGAAGAAGGGAGUCCCAAGCAAACCAAGCAGAUGGACGCGGGCCGGAGCGAUGGAGGCGAUGGGGGGUAUCGUGGGUUGUCGAUGCGACGUGUUAUCCCGUGGUUAGCCAAGGGCCCUUCAUCGUCACCUCUUUCCCAACGAAUCGAGUCAUGGACGGCCGACGGAUGAACAAAUCACGUGACUCUGUAAACACUCGGCUCCGCGCAUCAAGUCUGAAGCGACUCGUACAGUUCAAGAAGCAGACACUCGAUCGAGCACACGCAAGCAGCACCCUAUAUCCAAACGGCAGCCUAAACGCUCCUGCGCCUCUAGAAAAGCAAAAUCUUGGCAUCAUGCACCUCCCGUAG